AUGGUAAAAACAGUUCCGCUAAUGAUGCUAUUCCAAUUCCGCGCUCAUCCAAAUCCCCAAAAAGAGCCCACUCGCCCUAGCCCCGCAAGGACAGACUGCAGCAUCGAAAAAAGAAGUGAAGAAAAAAAAAAAUUGGUAGCAAACAGAAAUAUUGACUUUCCCCAUGCGCGACGACGUCAGAGGCGCCCACCAAGCAGGGACGGAGUCGACUGCGGAGAAGGGAAUGGUCGUGAUUGGGCGGGAUUGAGAAAAGCGCGCCAUCUCGGUAGUGCAGAUUUCGUGGUCACCAAAGGGCAGACAGAGGCGUGCCCCUCACGAGGACCCCUAUGA